ACAAAAAUAACCAGACGCGACUGACGCGCGUGGCGCUUUAAGAACAUUGAGAAUAGACGCGAACGUGUAACCUCACGCACUACAAGAACCAGCGUAGCCCCGCACGCUAAGCCAGGCGGUGUAAACACAACUCCAGGAACAUGAAAAGAUCGGGUGACAGUGAGGGGGAGAAGAGAAGAAAGAAGAGAAGGUUACUACAGGAGCUGGGAGACCAAAAGAUCCCCUUUCGAGGACCUUCUGAUCAGGGUUUUCAGCAACUGUGGGACUCCAGUUACUCCGGCCUGGUUCUGAGGAGAGCCUGCUCGUUGCCUGCUGAGCUCCACUGCAGAGUCCAGGCCGCUCUGCUCACCCUGCGCAAGAAGGGCUGCCUCUUGAGGGAUCUGGUCCGUGUCCGGGACCGGGACGUCUUUACCUCCGUGUCGCGGGCUCUGCUGGGUGAGCCGGGCCAUACCUACCGCUACCUGGACACAAGGCUCUUUGCCAUCCCCUGGCACAAUGAGGACUCUGAGGUUAAAGGGCAAAACUGUUGCGACCCCGGUCUGAGAGCAGCCUGCAAAGCCUUGUGGGAGCUCAACACCUUCUUCUGCUUGGAUGUAUCUCAGCUGAAAGAAGGGGACAGGCUAACGCAAUGUACGAAGUUGGUUCAGGACGUAGAACCCAAGGUGAGUGAGGAGACUGACGUAGAGUCCAAACACAGCGAGGACUCCAGGAACAGUGAAGGAGCGGAGUCGGAGUCCAGGCAGAGCGAGGAGGGGGACACGGAGUCCAAGCACAGCGAGGAGUGGGACGUGGAGUCUAAACACAGUGACGAAGGCUGUUCAGCAUCAAAAAGGGAAAGCGAGUGGGAGACGGCGUCCAAACAUAGCAGUGAAGAGGGAGAAUCCACACAGGGCAAGGAGACCGAUUCCGGGUUGGAACAUAGUGAAGGAAAAUGUCCCACCUUGGCACUUAAGACCGCCGGUGUAUUGCCAACAAGAGGCCGAGGGGAGCUACAUGUGGCUCAUCUCAAACACAGCCUCUCAGAUUACCACAUUGAGGACAAGGGGGAAUCAGGGGGUUGUUCUGAGCCCAGCCCGCUGCAGGGAUUCACCGGAUCAGCUCAGUUCAAUGUCACCUUACUCAACUACAUGGACCCUGCAGCCAUGAGUCAGCUUAAAGAGGAGCCCUAUUACGGCAUGGGGAAAAUGGCUGUAGGGUGGCACCACGACGAGAACCUGAUCAGUCGCUCGCCAGUGGCUGUUUACAGCUACAGCUGCCAUGACAACGAAGGCGAGAGCAGUGAAGGCGGCGGCGAGAAGGCGAGCUGGAGGAUUGGGCUUAAGGUGGCCUGGGACAUCCACACACCUGGCCUAACGCUGCCCCUCCAGUCUGGGGACUGCUAUUAUAUGAGAGAUAACCUGAACAGCACCCACCAGCACUGCGUCCUCCCCGGAGACACUGCUCGCUUCAGCUCUACCCACAGGGUGGCAGAGUGUUCCACUGGGACUCUGACCUACAUCCAGUCACAGUGCCAGGAGGCCCUGUCCAACCUGCACACGGACCCUGAGACCGGCUCCCACAGCCUGUUGACCCUGAGGCCCGCCACCAUGCAACACUGCGAGGAGAUCCACAACGAGGUGGAGUUUGAGUGGCUGCGACAGUACUGGUUUCAGGGCCAGCGCUACACGCGCUUCUGCAGCUGGUGGAGCAAUCCCAUGGAAGAGCUGGAGAAGGACUGGAAGCUCAUGGAAACCAUGACCAUGCUGUUCUUGUCUAAAGUGGAGGAGGAGGAGGAGGGGCAGGUGGGCGAGGGUAGGAGAGACAUGGCAGAGACGCUCCUGUCUGCAUUGAUAGACAGACACCAGCAAAGACAGACAUGGAGAGAAAGUGUCUGGGUGAGCGAAGGUGGGCGUUGACAUCGGUGACGCACCUGUCAUGAAUUGUAAUCAUCAGCCUUUUUAGGGGGCACUGUGACAGUGUGUGGGCGUCGGAAUAUUCACUCGUUUUUGCCCCGUGUUUGCCGCCGACGUCUGACCUCUGUCCCAAUUUAGGUUCUCGACGAUUAUACCACACGGACCUUUUGUCGUGUCUCCCUGCGUUAUCUGUUUUUUGAUUCUCUCUGGUUGUGAGUCCCUUUAGCUUAGUAUGUCUCACCAUCACAUGCUCUGUCGUUGAAUUAAAAUUUUUCGGACCUCUUACCUAGUCUUUUUUUGGGGAUUUGCCCUUACUUACGGCAUUGCCGUCCGUGACAAUUUGACUUUUUGCUACAAACAUAUUUUUAUGUUUCAUUUGAAAUGUCAUUCAGUGUUUACUUGUUUGCAUAUGAGAUAAGUACUUUUGUUUAGUUUUGUUCCCUUACUGCACCAAGUUGAACAGAACCAGCACCUUGAAACCAAAGACUGUUCCAAUCUGAGUAAUUAACCAUCCAAGUACAUGUGUUCUCACUUGUUGUGUGGUCGAGGCAAUGGAAGGAAUGAUUAUGAGCCUCAUGUUUGUUUCCUCGCAUCUGCUUGACUGAGUCAUGAGAAGAACUGCGGUGCCAUGUGGGAGUAAAAAUGCCACUCAGCGUCCCCUGGAUAUUUAAAGAGUUUUACUGCACAGACACUCGCCCAUUAAGCUUUUUUUAAUUUAUUUUUUUAAUAUGGUAACAGGAUUUUCUCUUUGCGGUGAAGAGUCGGGCAGAAGAAACGGGUUUACGCUUGUUUUACUAGUAGUGGGGGAAAAUAAGAACAUUCUUGGUGGUUCAACCCAACAUCCCAGAGAACUGAUGGAAUAUGAUUGGGUCAGAAUGUGUGACAGGCAAUGCGCAACAAAUGUUAGGGGUGAGUGUAGCGCUUUUGGAAUAAUCAGUGGGUGUGCUCCCAUAAAUGCGUUGGUUACAGCUUCUCUUGCGAUUAUCUUCUAAACGUUUUGUUCCCAUGCAAAUAAACUACAUUCCUCCAUUACGUCUUAGGUAGGUUGUGUUUUCUUUCUGAUUCGCUUAAUGAUAAACACAUUUUCUUUGUGACAAAAUUGUGUUGUAAAAUGUUUUUAGUAGAUCUCUGUUCCUCCAAAUUUAACAUCAUCUGUAUUGAGACUCGGCGACUGGUUAUCACACCUGCCUCACAGUUCGGAGGAACCAGGUUCAAAUCUGGCCUCGCCUGUGUGGAGUUUGCAUGUUCUCACCGUGGCUGCGUGGGUUUUCUCCGGGUACUCCGGUUUCCUCCCACAUUCCAAAAACAUGCAUGCAGGUUAAUUCUGCGUAGGUGUGAAUGUGAGUGCAAAUGGUUGUUUGUUUAUAUGUGCCCUGCGAUUGGCUGGCAACCAGUUCAGGGUGUACCCCGCCUCUCGCCCAGAGUCAGCUGGGAUAGGCUCCAGCAUGUCCUCAACCCUCGUCAGGUUAAGUGGUACGGAAAAUGGAUAGAUGGAUGUAUUUAGACUCAUUGCAAGAAAAAUGUUGGUUCAGUAUAGGGUUUUGACACUUCAGUCUAAGAUUACACACAUUUUCAGAAAGCUUUUUUAUAGAGGGCUUAAGAAGGAAAAGCCCCUUUCCUUUUGUGUAGUGGACCACUAUCCAACAUUACUCUGCAUUUUUCAUUGAAUAAUGAAUGACUUGUAAUGACAACCCUGACAUAUACAGGACUUAGCUAGUGAUGAUUUGCAGAACCAAAUUAGGAUAUUUUGUUUUUCUUUUAUUGCCAUUGCAGUUGCAGUCUUAAAGCCAACAUAAAGUCACCAUUUGCGAUAUCUCUAAUUAGUAUGGAAGAGUAUUGGUGCCACACUGGGAAAAACAAAGUGUAACAUUAGAUGGAAUGUCAUAAUAUUAAAAGAUAUUUUUUCUUGUAAUAUUUUAACUGAAUUUUCAUAAUAUAAUUCAUGUCCCGAAAUAAAUCGCAUAAUAUGAGUACUUUAAUAUCGUGACAUUUUUACCAAACUUUAUUCCCCAAAAAUGAUUAUUAUUUUUGUCUCGUCAUAUUAUCGCCACAUUUUUGGUUUUUGCAUAUUACAACUUCUGUCAUGUACAAUUAUGGCUUAAUUAAAAAAAAAAAAAAAAAAGGGUGUUAUUAUACUGUUAUUCUCUUAAAAUUCAUUUAUUUUUCAUGGUAUUACAACAAGUCACUGAUGGUGUAGUGGUGCAUUUGCCUGACUUUGGUGCAGGCAGUGUGGGUUCAGUUCCCACUGUGACGGUGUGAAUGAGAGUACAAAUGGUUGUCCAUGUCUGUAUGUGCCCUGUGAUUGACUCGCGACCAGUUCAGUGUGUAGUCCGCCUUUCGCCUGAAGUCAGCUGGGAUAGGCUCCGGCACCCUCCGACCUAGAACAGGAUAAGCGGUGUUGAGAAUGGAUGGAUGGUAUUACAACGUUACAUUAGCGGAUAUUUAUCUUCUUUUUUAUUUAUUUAUUUAUUUUUUUAUAUUACAACUUGAAAAUUGUAAUUAUUUUAAUGACUUUAUUCUCCUAAAAUUAAACAAUUGUAAUAUUACAGAUUUAUUUGGUCAAGUACAACCUUUUUUUCUUCAAUACUGCAAUUUCAUCCAUCCAUCUAUUUUCUGUACCGCUUACCCUCACUAGGGUCGUGGGCGAGCUGACGCCUAUUCCAGCUGACUCUGGGCGAAAAUUAUGACACGUUGUUCUCAUAAUAUUAGGAUCUUGUUUUCAUUGUAUCUUACUUCAUAUUCUUAAUAUUUCAAAUUUAUUCCUGGAAUUCCACAACUCUAUUCUUGUUGUGGGCGAGUGGUUAGCAUAUUUGCCUCACAGUUCUGAGGUUGGGAGUUUGAAUCCCUGUUCUGGCCUUCCUGUGUUUGCAUGUUCUCAUCAUGCUUUUUCUCCAUGUACUCCGGCUUCCUUCCAGAUUCCCAAAACAUGCAUGUUAGGUUAAUUGUAGACUCUUAAUUGUCUUUUGAUGUGAAUGAGAGUGUGAAUGGUUGUUUGUCUAGACAGUAAAUCUGCCUAGCGAUUGGCUGCUGAUCAGUUCAGGGUGUACAUCGCCUCUUUCCCAAAAUCAGGUGGGAUAGGUUGCAGCUCACCCGCAACCCUAGUGAGGAUAAGGGCUACAGAAAACGGUUGAUGUCCUUGUUUUUCAAAUUUUUUUCUUUUCACUGCGCCCACUUAUACUCAGCUCUCCCUGUCUAGAUUAGAUUGUGCAGACGUAGCUAGAAUGCUUUUCAUAAUAUAAUUUGUUGUCACUAAAUGAAUGUUAGCAUUUGGUGUUUUUCCUUCGACUGAACAAAAGUCAUGCCCAAUGUGUUCUAUAAAUGCAUAGCCACAUGCAAGACGUGCCUCAUGUUCAUCGCCUCCCUUUUACCUCUGCCAUCCCACCUGGCACGCACCCACACACACACACACGCACACACACACCUACACACAACGCUCACACUCUUUCCCUCUCUUUAAUUAUAACCUACAGCGCUGGAGCACUUCAUUUCAUAGGCAGCAUAUUGUCUCUUCAAGGCUGGCAGGCAGGUCAUAAAUUAUCCUGAAGGUGAGGAUGGAAGUUGGAGGAGAUAGUUAUGAAAAUUUCAUCUGUCUGCCGUAGCGGCCGCAGCUGCUCCUGUCACCAGCCGUGCGUUGGAGAAAUUACACCGGGUCAGACUCGUGCGUGUGCGUGUGUGUGUGUGUCUUCGUGUGGGCGUGUGUAGGUAUGAGUGUGUGUGUGUGUGUGUGUGGAGCGUGCGUGUGCCCCACAUAAAUAAAUACUCUACAUGUGAACAGUAACACCUCAUAGUUGUGCAUCAUCCCUGUUUGCGUGUGGGGACAAUAUGUGCAGUGGGUCGCCCGGUAAAACCCGCCUGUCAGUGUUAGGGAACAUCUCUGGCGUCCCUGUCACCUCAGGGUCCUGAAGCAGGGGGGUUGCGGCAAGGGUGGCUAGGACUUGGUGAGAGGUAGCACGAGCUCAAGGGGCGGUCCCCAAGCUGUCUGUGUUCAUUACCUCUACGAGAAUGGGAUGCAGCCGGCAGGAGGCCAGACCUUUAGUCGCCACCGACUGUGAUCAUCUGCCGCUUCACAAGUGUGCACGAGCGCCCACAUGGGUAUGAAUGAGUAUACACAUUUAGGCUGGAUGUUCGUAGUUCACAUUUGAAUGAUGGAUUUUGCAUGUGUGUUGGUGACAAUCCCUUUAUAGAAUAUACAUUUAGUCAGCGUUACCAAAUAUGGAUCUAAAUGUAAGAAUAGGAUUAUUUAGUCGACACAGACACUAAAAUCCUUACUUUAUCACUGCAUCUUAGAAUGGAAUGUAAUGGAAUGAAAUAUACAUUUUUCUGAUACAUCAUUGUUACAAAUCUAUAUUUUAAAAAAGUUACUAAAAUUUAAUUAAAUUAAUUAAAUUUGUAAUAACAUUUUUAUUUCCUCAGCUAAGGCUUUUCAUUUUUUCCAUUUUUUUGUUUGUUAAUGUAUUUGUGUGCACCUAUAAAUAUAUUCAUUCAUUCAUUUUCCGUACCGCUUAUCCUCACUGGGGUCGCAAGCAUACUGGAGCCUAUCCCAGCUGACUCUGGGCGAGAGGCGGGGCACACCCUGAACUGGUCUCCAGCCAAUCACAGGGCACAUAUAGGCAAACAACCAUUCACACUCACAUUCACACCUACGGGCAAUUUAGAGUUGUCAAUCAAGCUACCAUGCAUGUUUUUGGGAUGUGGGAGGAAACCGGAGUACCAGGAGAAAACCCACACAGGCAAGGCCGGAUUUGAACCCGGUUCCUCAGAGCUGUGAGGCAUAUGUCCUAAACAGUCACUACCGUGCCGCCCCUAUAAAUAUACAUACAAAAGAUAAAAGAAUAUUUAUUUUAAAAAAGAAUUUAUUUUCAUACAGUAAAUACAUACAAAUGCAUGAAGAUACACAUUUCUACUAAAAUAAAAUAAAAACAAUUAUGGCAAAAAAUAAAUAAUACAUAUAUUCAUACAAAUAAAGCAAAUGCUCCAGUAAUCAAAUCGACAAAUACAAUGAAUACAUAUGAAUAAAUAUAUAUUUUUAGAAAGAAAAAAUUCUAAUUUCAUAUUAAUUGCUAAAUAUUUGUUCAGAUAAAAUAUAUUUUUUUCAAGUUAAUACAAUACAUUAAUAAGAUAGCUACAUGUAAAAUGAAUAAUGUGAGCAAGUUUUAUUAAAAAUAAUAAAUCCAAAAUAUUCUACAAUGGACGAAAAUCCUAUCUUCUGUAUCUGCAAUUGUAUUUUUAUAAAUCUUAGCAUGUUUCGUACAGGUCUGAUUCACACGUCUCCAAUUUAAUAGAGCGUUCAAUUUAAUAUCAGUAUCAAUGUCACAUUCUCUCAGAUGUCCAUCCAUCCAUCCAUUUUCUGAGGCGCUUCUCCUCACUAGGGUCGCGGGCGUGCUGGAGCCUAUCCCAGCUGUCAUCGGGCAGGAGGCGGGGUACACCCUGAACUGGUUGCCAGCCAAUCGCAGGGCACAUAGGAACAAACAACCAUUCACACUCACAGUCAUGCCUACGGGCAAUUUAGAGUCUCCAAUUCAUGCAUGUUUUUGGGAUGUGGGAGGAAACCGGAGUGCCCGGAGAAAAUCCCACGCAGGCACGGGGAGAACAUGCAAACUCCACACAGGCGGGGCCGGGGAUUGAACCCGGGUCCUAAGAACUGUGAGGCUGACGCUCUAACCAGUCGCCCACCGUGCCGCCUCUCUCAGAUGUCAUCAAACCAAAUUGUACUUUGUCAGGAUUGCAUAAGAUUGAUUCUGUUCGUUUAUUUCCCGUCUGUAUCUAGAUAGAAUUUUACUAUCCUAGAUAGUAGGAUGAGCUCCUAUAUGACCCAGCAUGGUCAAAAAACAGAGGCAAGGUUAUGCUACUGCCAACUUGUUUAAUUUACAGAGAAGUAAGGCCACAGGAGGGGGAAAAAAACAUGAUUGCUUCAAAACAGCACAGGAAAGCUCUGAGUGCUCUUGUUAUAUUUUCUUUUCGUAAAAAUGUUGUGGCUUCCAUCAUAGCUGUUGAGCAGCCAUUCAAAGUCCCCGAAUAUGUUUUUUAUCCCAAUAAAGACUGAAUGUGCAGUUCUGCUGUGGGACUUUCUUGACACAACAGCUCCUCAGCCAUUCCGAGUGGUAAUUAGCGAGAGAAUAAAGAAAAGAAAAACACAAUAAAACUCCCCCCACUCGCCCACCUAUCAUCCAACUCCCCCUUCCCCAAUGCCAAUCUGCCAGUCCCUGCAAAAAUUCUAUUAGGGGCAAAGUCCAAAGCUGUUAAUUACAAUUCUAACUAGCUUGCCUCCUGACGAAUGGAUGGCGAUGUCGGAUAAAGGGGAUAUCAGCGAUUUCACUUCCUCGUACAAAGGCUCCCUCUGAAAUGGGUCAUCAAUCCCGCAGUGAUAAAUGUCUGCUGGAGUAAUGACUCUCUUAUCGGUGGCGGAUUACUGCAGAUAUUUGUAAUUAGUGUUGCCACACAAGUCCCCGACAGAUGUUUUUGCAGGCGGCACAAUAUUGAAACCUCGCAUUGAUGCUAAAUGGGAACUUUGUGGGAAUAAUAGGGCGAGUUACAGCCAUUGUAGUGCUGGAGCCGGAGUACUCGAUCUGUGGGAAAGCGUCUUUGGCUAACUGAGCUCAGCGGUCACGUGACGAGUUAGCCUAAUUCACUUAAAAAGUGUCCUCUUUUGAGCUGAUGUUUGUAACUAAUAAUAUUUUCCCCAAAGUAAUUGACUGAUAUUUUAUUUAUGGUUUUAAUGAUACCACAUGUACAGAUGACAGCUUCAAAAUCCUGUUGAUGGUUAAUAGUUUGGCAGUUCAGGCCUCAAAUCUGAGUUUAGGCCUUCCUGUGAGGAGUUUGCUUGUUUUACAGUGGGUUGCUCUGGCUUCCUCCCAAAUCCCAAAAGCUUGCAUGUUAUCGUCAUUGAAGAGUCACAGGUGUGAAUGUGUGUGUGUGUGUUAAAGGUUGUCUGUAUUUGUCCCCUGCGACUGAUAGAAAACGUUUUGACAUUUUUCUUGAUCUCUUCUUUUUAUAUCACAGAAACCUGACUUUUGAACAGGUGUGGAGACUUUUUUUUUUUUUUUUUUAGAUCCUCAUUAACGAAUGUCUAUGCCACCUGCAAAUGCAUUUUUUCCACCGUUUUUACUAUGGCAGUGUAAAAGUGAAUUAUACUUUAUUCCCUCUUCAGCUUUCAACUAAAAAUGUACAUCCCAAAUUCCUUUAUCCAAAAUAUUUUUACAAGACCUUUGUGUCUAGAGUCUACGUUGGUUUUGUGUUCUAAGGUCAAAAUACGCACUUACCAAUGCCCAACAUAACCACCCACCCUACCUACCUACAGACACAUGCAAGGACCCCCUGCCUCUGACAGACGUGUAAGCAGAUGCAGCCAGAGCCAGUAAUGGCAGGUGAUUAUAAGCGCCACACGUGCCAAACUAAUUAAACCCCUGAGUUGACAGCAGCAUUUGGUACCCCCGGCAUCCUGGCAGGCCGGGCAUUAAGAUAAUUGUAGCAGCAGCACAAUUCACCUGCGAGAAUGCGGCCAACGUGGUCAUUUAUAUUUCAGCAGGAUGUUGCUAUAGAGGCUGCAGCAUUGAUUCACAUGACGUGUGGUAAACUGUGUAAACAGAUGGGCCCUGCCUUUAUGAGACAAUGUGUUUUAUACAUUGCACUGACAGUGAUCAAUAUGUUCAUACAUGAGUGUCAUCUACUAGUAAGAUUAGAAACUCGAUGUACAGACUUGAUCAUAUCUGACUGUUUUCCACUGGUACCAAUCACAUAAUUUUGUUUAUAUGAGAACGUUGUAUUUUGUACAAAAGAAUUGUGCUGUAAUUAAUACAAUCAAUUUUAGUCUUUAAAAAAAAAAAAAAAAAAAAGAUGGCCGAGACCUUCUUAGGCUUGGGAACCAUAUUUGGUAACGUAGACACCACAUGCCUUAUCAUAGGGCACAUUAUAAUACAGAAAAAUCACAUGAUUUCUCCCAGCCAGUUAGCAGAAAAAAAUAAUAACGUUAAAUUAAAAUAAAAUACAAAGUAAAAUAACAUUAUAUAAAAUUAAAUUAAAUACUGUUAAAAAAAGGAUAUAGUAACAAUUAUUAACACGUAAUGCUAAAAUACAGCCUAUCAAGGAUUGAUUAUAUUUUAAUUCUUAAUAUAGUUGAUAUUAAUGAUAAAAUGUACAAACCAAUAUUGUAAAUGAACCACUUUGCCCACCUUAAGCACAUACUCUGCUUAACCGUCCAUUUUCUAUACCGCUUAUCCUCAAUAAGGUCGCGAGCGUGCUGGAGCCCAUCACAGCUGACUCUGGGCGAGAGUACUUUACAUAUCACAUUUUCUAAUCUCUAAGACUGAAGACCUUAGGAAAUUAUCAUAACUGGAGGAAAAUGUUGCCAAACUGAAGGAACAGUUGUAGAAAAUAUAGUUGUAAAAAAUAAACAAGCAAAAAAAAAAAAAAAAAAAAAGUCCAUGCCCUAGAAGUUUGAUUAAAUUGAAAAAUAAAUAAAUUGAAAAAUAUUGACACUUUGGCCAUUUUCACAUUAGGGUGUUCUCACUUUUUGUUGCCAUUUUGAGGGGACAGGAAAUGUACACAUGCUGUACCACAUUUAAGCAAAGUGUCAUUUCUUCAGUGUUGUCCUGUAAAAAGAUAACACAAAUGGGAGAGCUGCGCACACGUUGUGAGCGGGUUAGGGUUUCCAGUCUUUUAUACAGCCUUUAUAUGGAAAUAAGUAUGAGUGUGUUCUAUGUAAUCAUGCGCAUUGUAAAUUUAAACUUGGGAUCAUCUUGCUGGACUUCCUCUUUGCGUCUUCAGUGGGUCACGGUGAGACAAGGACAAGUCAUCACUUCUCCAGCUGGUGGGUGGGACGCCUGCAGUCGUCCUCUUAAAGGUCACGCUUUUGCCAGGAGGACGCCCACCUGCGCACAUUCUGUGCAUGGCUACACAUAUACCUCUCACACACACACCUGGACUGUUAAGUAAGUCGCGAAACAUUCCUCCAGUUGUGUGAAAACUAGUCGGAGUGAUUCAUGUGAUGGCCCGGUGCUAUGGAGCAGGUGUGGCCCGGCCCAGGUGCACGGUUGUUGCACUCUGCUCGCACGGUGUGUGCUCUCCAGGUGAAAGGUAAAUGCGAUACACUGUCAGCUUUUGCACCAUUAUGUGAGGAACUGAACUGGCGAGAGGCCUCGGCGUGCACUGUCAGUGCUGUGGUUUGGCUGUGUUCUCGGGUGAGGUCCCCAGACACGGGUGAGGUCCCGUGUGUGUUCCCAAGCUGUCAAGCAAUGGGGUGCGUUCGUUCUAUGACUGUUUUCCCACGGGGUGGCCAUGUUUGGUUGUGGUUACUUGCAUAUAGGUAUGAUAAUCAUUUCAGUUUAAAUUCCAACUUCAAGAUACUCCGGGCACUUUAACACUGUCUUCUCUUUCUCUUACUGAUGAUGCAGCAUCGGGAGCAACUCGGGGUUCAGUAUCUUGCUCUGUUCCACACAUAUAAGUAAUCAUCAGGUGCUCCCGCAUCACUAAAACAAAUGCAAAUUAGGUUAACCGAAGUCUGAAUGGAAGUGGGUUGUUUGUCUACAGUACACAGUGUGUGCCCUGUGAUUAUUUGGCAACCAGUCCAAGGUAUACUCUGCCUCUCGUGCUAAAGUCAGCUGGGAUAGGCUGCUGCUCACCCGUAACCUGAUGAGCAACAACAAAUCCAGCAACUUUUCUUGGACACUUCUGGACAGAAACUCUGAGAUUCCCUCCAUAGCAGGGAAUACUGUGUGCAGAAUGCAAAUGAAUGGCAUGUCUGCGUAGCCACUUCUGGAUAAUUUAACCAAAUACAUUCACUUGGUUGUGUAAUUUCAAACUGGAGGGAUGGGCAGGCACUAUCUGUAAUCCCAACUAUCUGUAAAUAAACAAUUAAAAAUGUGAUUUUCAUAAUAUGUUCCCUUAAAAUUACGUUUUUUAGAUCAGUUUAUUGAGCCAUGACACAUACAGUAUUUUAUACCAUAAAAAUCUCACGGCACACCACUAACCAAAAAUGUCACAAAAAGUGUGUACACUAAAAAUAAUGAUGAUCACCACCCGAUUUACUCACAAUCUGUGUGAAAUCAGGGCCUGGUGAACAAUCAGGGCCUGAAUGGCAACAAGUGGACACAUAUGUCAAUUGUACCUUCCGCCAUGAAGAGAAAGAGCAUUGAAUUGUUCUGCCUGUCACAGUAGGUUACUGGCAUAGAUAGAUAAACAAUGAUACAUUAUUUGUAGUAAAUAAAUAAUACUUUCCAGAGCAAUUAAAUUGAAAUUACCUUGGCACACGCCAUGAUCUCUCACAACACACUCGUGCCACGGCACACGGGUUGCGAAUCACUGAUUUAGAUAGUCGGAGUGAGUUCACUUACUGUGAAGCAAUAAUAUAGCUGCGUUCUGUUCUCUUUCAGGCUAAAGUUGCCGCCUUGUUGUCAUUUGGCAGUGAUUUGAACCCUUGCUGGCAUAAAGUGCAAACGGAGGUGUCACUGAUAACAGCGACACAAAUCUGUGUGGCUGCAGAAAGACAACAUUUGUAUUGUGACCUCUUUUUUUUCCCCCUGCCGUAUUAUCAUCAUCACUAGAUAGAAAUAUCUCACUUCAUCGACGUGUUAAUGAGAACAGACUCGGCAGCGGCACUCGCAGAUGCCUAUCAAAGGGCAGAAAACAAAAAGAGAGUGUAAGUAAAUACGGACUGUAAUUAGUAUGACAAGGCUGAAAGAAGAGAUAAAGCACGCAGACCGCUUCCAGGGUCUUUUUUUUUUCUUUUUCUUUUUUUUUCUCUUCCAGAAACCCUCGCUUGCACUUGCAGGCUGGGAAAAAAUCAAAAGGUUUUAAUCAGCUUGCUACAGCACAUAAUGAGGAGCCACUAAGCCGCAGCUAUCCGCCGCCAUCGGCCACUUACACUUGCGUCUUCAAAGAGCUUCACCCAAUUAUUACACUGUGCAUUCAAACCUAACAAGUCUAUGUUAUGUUACUGCAAUAGACCCGCAGUACUGUACUGUAUUAGAUGUGUUGUUUUAGUGACGCUGUAAUGACCGUGCAGGACUAGGAUGCCACUCAGUGGAGCACAGACCUCCGCCAAGGCGGUGGAAAAAUACAUUUGUUCAUGAGCAAGCUACUUCCUGGAUCAUGGAGGAUGAAAAACAGAUGGGUUGUACCAUUAUAAUUGUGUAGCAGUGGGCAGUCAUUGACGUCAUAGUGAAACAGUGACUGUAAAUUCCUUACAGUGGUGACAUUUUUGGAGUUUUCAAUUGAACAUAACACGUCAACACACAAACCUGAACCUCCCCGGAUCAACCACUCCAGAAAUGACCUAUUUUGAUCAUUCAGAGCUACCAUAUCCCUCACUCAGCAAUGCUAAAAAUGAACUAAAAAAAGCUGUGCAGGAAUAUUCUGCCAAUAUAUGUGCUAAAUUGUGAGUUAAACGUCAGUCUGAGGAGGAAUAAAAUUUCUGAUGACCUAAUAGCUGGCUCCGGUCAUGACAAACAGGGACUUUUGCUAUUACAGAUAUAUAAGUAAGAGUCCCUCUAUUGGAAGUAUUGGAACGGCAAGGUCAAUUCCUUUGUUUUUGUUGUAUACUAAAGACAUUUGGGUUUCGGAUCAAAAGUUGAAUAUGAGACAAAAGUACAGAAUUCCAGCUUUUAUUUCAUGGUAUUUACUGGUACAUCUAGAUGUCUUAAACAACUCAGGACAGAGCAAAUUUUGUUUGGACCCACCCACUUUUCAAGUGAGCAAUAUAUACAGUGGGUACGGAAGGUAUUCAGACCCCCUUAAAAUUUUCACUAUUUGUUAUAUUGCAGCCAUUUGCUAAAAUCAUUUAAGUUCAUUUUUUUUCAUUAAUGUAUGCACAGCACCCCAUAUUGACAGAAUAAAAUGAAAUUGGUGACAUUUUUGCAGAUUUAUUAAAAAAGAAAAACUCAAAUAUCACAGAGCCAUAGGUAUUCAGACCCUUUGCUCAGUAUUUAGUAGAAGCACCCUUUUGCGCUAAUACAGCCAUGAGUUUUUCACACCUGGAUUUUGGGAUCCUCUGCCAUUCCUCCUUGCAGAUCCUCUCCAGUUCUGUCAGGUUGGAUGGUGAACGUUGGUGGACAGCCAUUUUCAGGUCUCUCCAGAAAUGCUCAAUUGGGUUUAAGUCAGGGCUCUGGCUGGGCAAUUCAAGAACAGUCACAGAGUUGUUCUGAAGCCACUCCUUCGUUAUUUUAGCUGUGUGCUUUGGGUCAUUGUCUUAUUGGAAGGUGAACCUUCGGCCCAGUCUGAGGUCCUGAGCACUCUGGAGAAGGUUUUCGUCCAGGAUAUCCCUGUAGUUGGUCGCAUUCAUCUUUCCUUCGAUUGCAACCAGUCAUCCUGUCCCUGCAGCUGAAAAACACUCCCACAGCAUGAUGCUUGCCACCACCAUGCUUCACUGUUGGGACUGUAUUGGACAGGUGAUUAGCAGUGCCUGGUUUUCUCCACACAUACCGCUUAGAAUUGAGGCCAAAAAGUUCUAUCUUGGUCUCAUGAGACCAGAGAAUCUUAUGAGAAUCUUAUUUCUCACCAUCUUGGAGUCCUUCAGGUGUUUUUUUUUUUUUUUUUUAGCAAACUCCAUGCAGGCUUUCAUGUGUCUCACACUGAGGAGAGGCUUCCGUCGGGCCACUCUACCAUAAAACCCCAACUGGUGGAGGGCUGCAGUGAUGUUUGACUUUCUAGAACUUUCGCCCAUCUCCCGACUGCAUCUCUGGAGCUCAGCCACAGUGAACUUUGAGUUCUUCUUUACCUCACUCACCAAGGCUCUUCUCCCCCAAUUGCUCAUUCUGGCCGUACGGCCAGCUCUAGGAAGGGUUCUGGUCAUCCCAAAUGUCUUCCCUUUAAGGAUUAUGGACGCCACUGUGCUCUUAGGAACCAUAAGUGCAGCAGAAUGUUUUUGUAACCUUGGCCUGAUCUGUGCCUUGCCACAAUUCUGUCUCUGAGCUCUUCAGGCAGUUACUUUGACCUCAUAAUUCUACUUUGCUCUCAGCAUGAUGCUAAUUGGUAAAAACAAAAUAAUAGGCCAAUUAAUUCGUUUAGAGAUAUGAAUAUAAAAUAAUUCACACACAUUCACACAGGCCGGCGUGUCUGCACCGGAAAUGAAUUAGUACGUCACUGCACAGGUCACUUCAGAACGUGGGCAGGUUAAAAGUAUAUUAUUUUUAUUAAUAAUAUUUGUAAUAUCAGAUAAGAUCUUUAUAGUACCACAAUGGGGACAUUUUCAUUGUUUCAGCAGCAAUUGUGGAAAUAGGAAUAUAUAUAUGUAGUAUACAUAGCAUGCAAGAGAAGACGUAAUUACAUUUCUUACAUGUACAAGAAGUUCGUUGCACAAAAUAGAAACCAAAACUGAUGUCCACACAUAAACUCUCUAAUUCAGUCCAUCAGCAAUGUUAUUUGUUUGUUUGGAAAAUAGUCCUGAGUUUGAAUUUGUACAUUUGAUAUCUUCUUAAUCUUUUUGUUCUUUUCUUUUCUUUUUCUUGUUUUUUUCCCAGUUACCAGUGUUGAAAACA